AUGCCCGCAUUCAGACCAUCUCCUUCCCACCUCGCGGUUCUCCGGAGUACUGCCACCAAACCUCUCCCCCUCACCACUUCUACAGUAGGCCUCCAAGCCAUCGCCGAGAAGCACAUCACCAAGGGUCUAGGACGUCUGCGCGACCAUGUCGUCAAGGAAGGGCAGGGUUUGCGAGUCCUCACCACCGAAAAUCGAAAGCUGCUUGACUUCACCUCAGGGAUCGGAGUCACGUCUCUCGGCCAUUCCCACCCCGACGUGACAGAGGCCAUCAUUGCACAAGCCCAGUCGAUCAUCCACGUCCAAUGUGCUAUCGGCCUCUCGGAACCAUACGUCCAGCUCGUCGAGUCUCUACUCCCGAUGAUGCCAGACAAGAGUCUGGACAGCUUCUUCUUUUGGAACUCCGGUAGUGAAGCUAUAGAGGCGGCUAUCAAGGUUGCGAGGACAAAGACGAAGAGGAACAACAUCAUUGUCAUGCAGGGAGGAUACCACGGCCGCACGUCUGGAGCUGCUGCCCUGACCCGAUCCAAGACUUCUUUCUUCAAAGGUACUGGUCCUCUCAUGCCAUGUGUCUACACUACUCCCUUCCCCUAUUGGCACGCCCUCAAUCUCCCCAAAACCACAAGCGAAGAAGCCCUCGUAGAGCACGCUAUCAUCGGCCUCGAGAGCUUGCUUCAACAACAGACUGCGCCGGAGGAUACUGCUGCAAUCUUCCUCGAGCCUGUCAUCGGAGAGGGUGGAUAUGUACCUGCUCCGGUGGAGUAUGUCAGACACCUGAGGGAGGUUUGCGAUAAACAUGGGAUCAUGCUUGUUGUCGACGAAAUCCAGACAGGGUUCGGACGUACCGGUAAAACAUUUGCUAUUGAGCACUCCGACGUCACUCCCGACAUCAUGGUCUACGCCAAAGGCUUCGCAAACGGUAUGCCCAUCUCGGGUAUCGUCACUCGUAAAGAGAUCAUGGACGUCAUGCUUCCCGGCUCUCUCGGUGGGACAUACUCUGGUAAUGUUGUAGCGUGCGCCGCCGCCCUCGCCACGACCAGGUACAUGCGCUCCCACGAUAUCCUAGGCAACGUCCAAGCCCGGUCUGAGCAGAUCUUCAAGGGUCUUCGCGAGAUCCAGGCUGAUGAAGAGAAUGGAGGAUGGUUUAUUGAAGAAGUCCGUGGCAAAGGUCUCAUGAUCGCUCUUGAAUUCAAAUCCCCUUCCUCCCGGCUCACUUCCACUCCCCACCCAUCCUACCCUGAGGCCACCAUCCCUCCCAACUUGCACACCCUCGUGCAGAACGCCUGCUAUGAUCGUGGCCUUCUCGUACUGACGACAAGUAUCUACCCGGUUUUGAGACUUAUUCCGGCGUUGGUGCUGAGUGAGGAAGAGGUCAAUGAGGCGCUGGCGACUAUUCGGGAGGCUGUGAAUGAGGUUGCGAGGGGUGUGGAGGGGAAGCAGUAA